UCAAAUCAAAUCGAAGUAUUAUUGCUUUAGCUUUGGUAUCGGACAUAAUACAUAAAUAAAUUGUGUCAACACUCAACACAAUCAAGUCGUCAAAUAUUGCAGAGUUUAGCGUAAUCUAGUGCAUCGGGAAUUCGCCAUGGGCAGUCUCCGGCCAAAAUUAUUCGUCAUCACCAGUGCAUUGGCAAUACUGUCUCUCCUUCUAACCACUUCUCUGGCGAGCAUUACUGCAAUUCCACUUGGUGAUGAAGGGGUGACACGGUGGUCUUCUCGCUGUCAAGGAAAUCCCAGAAAGUUGGUUCCAGGCUACAAAAGUGGUGUUGCAUGUAGGAGUCGUCAGAAUGUCUCUGGCAUCAAAGCGGACUGGUUAUUUCAAAUCCUAAGGGAGGGGUUACCUCCGGCGCCACCAUCGCCCAAGACAAAUACACCACCAGUGCAGAUGAACGGAAGUCCAGCACAGUGAUACCCCCGAAGCCCACAAAGACCGGCCCCCUCCUCCGGCCGCUUCAAUCCCAACUCCAACAUGGUGGCCGGUGGUCCAACAACUAUUAUAUGUACUUAACGAUUUAUUGGGUGUGUAUAUAUUAAUACAAAUAAAUUCCAACUUAAGUUGGUGGGCAUCAUUUUUUACGCAAG